CAAGAAUGAGUCGUUUACGAAUCAGAUUGCGAUUGAACACGACCAGGAUGUCUUCCGGUAGAAACAGAGGCAUUAAUAGAUGACUGCAAUCUAGAUUCUAGACCGAUAUUAAUAAUGGCUGGCUUGCAACACCAGGACGAUCCUUUAAAAAUGUCCCAUGGAGAAACUUGGAAGAUGCAGCAUGAGAGGUUGCACGUGAAGCACAGAGGUCAUGAGGCCAUGCAUGCUGAGAUGGUUCUGAUUCUCAUUGCCACGCUGGUGGUCGCUCAGAUCAUCCUGGUUCAGUGGAAACAAAGACAUUGCAGAUCCUACAAUAGGGUCACACUCUUGCAGAUGUGGGUGGUUCCUCUUUACUUUACCAUUAAGCUUUACUGGUGGCGUUUUCUGUCCACAUGGGGCAUGUUCUCCGUCAUCACCAGCUAUGUCAUAUUCAGAGCCACACGCAAGCCUCUCUCCUGCAGAACUCCACGGAUGGUGUAUAAGUGGUUCCUUCUCAUUUACAAGCUGAGCUACGCUGUGGGUGUGAUUGGAUAUCUCGCCAUCAUGUUUACCAUGUUUGGAUUCAACAUGUUUUUCAGGAUUAAAGCUGAGGAUUCAAUGGAUGUGGGUGUGAUUAUGCUUUUCUAUGGUCUGUACUAUGGGGUUAUGGGACGUGACUUUGCUGAAAUCUGCUCGGAUUACAUGGCAUCCACAAUAGGGUAUUAUAACAUGGGUGGUAUGCCGUCCAAAAACCUCAGUAAUGAUGUGUGUGCCGUGUGUGGUCAGAAGAUUUUUGUGGAUGUAGAUGAGGAAGGCAUCAUUGAGGACACCUACCAGCUUUCCUGUAACCACAUAUUUCAUGAAUUCUGUAUUCGUGGCUGGUGCAUCGUGGGAAAAAAGCAGACGUGUCCAUACUGCAAUGAGAAGGUGGACCUCAAAAGGAUGAUGAAUAACCCCUGGGAGAGAACACAUGUUUUAUAUGGACAACUUCUGGAUUGGUUGAGGUACCUGGUCGCAUGGCAACCCAUCAUAAUUGGAGUCGUGCACGGAAUCAAUUUUUCACUUGGACUUGAAUAAACACCUACAGUAUUUGACUCCGUUUAAAACUGUGCAUGUGAUGACCUUUUGAAUAUUUAUUUGUACAUUUGACAAACUGUACACUUUAUAAUAUAAAUCAAACAGCCGCUUUUGUGUUUUUAUUCAUUAGACACUUUGAAACAGACUCAUUCAGACACACGAGUCUUUCAGGAGUGACAGAAGCCCGUAUAAAGCUGCUGUCUAUCAAACCUACUCAAAACUGUGCCUCGUUUUGUUUAAUAGUUUAGCAUUGUUGUGGUGUAUUUUAUGUAAGUGUUGCUGAUAUUAAGUGGUUAUGUUUUCAUGAGGGUAAAAUGAUGAGUUUUUGCCAAAUCAGAGUUUUUUUUUUUUGUUUGUUUCGUGUUGAGCUGGCCAAAUUGUCAAAACCCCGGAAGUGACCCACUCUGUGGAAAAUAAAACCAUUUUUAUGUGGCUAUUGAUGUGGCUGGAGUCUAGAAGAGGUAGCCUAACGAAUGGGAAAACAUAGGAUCUUUGGGUGUAUGUUAUUAGUUUAUUCUCAAAAUUUUGGCUGAAAUUAGAUUUGACUUAAUAGCAAACUGAAAUGUCUUCCUGUUUUCUACAAUGAUGAUAAAAAUAAAUGUUUCCACAGCAGCA